GUUUCAUUUCCCCCCAACUCCUGGUUUGAUUGAUCAAUUAAUGUGAAUGCAAACUAAAAGAAACCUUGGACUUCUCCUUCAAAUAUAGACGGCGACAGUCUUGCCGCAAAUCAACAUGUGCGGAGUUCUCGCUCUCAUUCUAGCUAAUCCUUCGUCCGGUGCCGCCAAUGAGCUUUAUGAAGCACUAUUUUCUCUCCAGCAUCGCGGUCAAGAUGCUGCCGGCAUUGUCACAUCCGCACCCGGAGGUCGGCUCCACAUGUACAAAGGGAACGGAAUGGUUACUGAGAUCUUCACCGACGGCGCCAUGUUCGAAAGGAUUCCUGGGAGUAUGGGCAUCGCCCAUGUGCGUUACCCCACGGCUGGAUCGAGCGCUAUGGCAGAGGCUCAGCCGUUUUAUGUCAACAGCCCGUACGGCAUCUGCUUCGCCCACAACGGCAACCUGAUCAACGCUGUAGAGCUCAAGCGCUACCUGGACUUCGAAGCCCACCGCCAUAUCAACACCGACAGCGACAGCGAGUUGAUGUUGAAUGUCUUCGCCGACGAGCUGAACAAGACUAAGAAGGCCCGCAUCAAUACCCAAGACCUAUUUGAUGCUUUAGGCCGCAUGUACGACCGGUGUCGAGGCGGGUGGGCAUGUACUGCAAUGCUUACUGGAUUUGGAGUCGUGGGAUUCCGCGAUACUCAUGGUAUCCGUCCACUAAUUCUUGGUUCUCGCGUCUCCGAGCACGGCAACGAUUAUGUGCUCGCCUCCGAAUCCGUGGCUUUGGACCAGAUUGGUUUUAAUGUAAUUCGGGACAUACUACCUGGCGAAGCCGUCGUCAUCGAGAAGGGCCAGCCACCUGUUUUCCGACAAGUCUCACCCCACGCGAGCUACACCCCUGACAUGUUCGAGUACGUUUAUUUUGCUCGGCCUGAGUCGAUCAUUGACGGACUUGGUGUCUACCCUGCUCGCCAAAGAAUGGGCCAACGACUUGCUUCGAGGAUUAAAGAGGCUUGGGGCCAAGAGAUCAUCGAUGAAAUUGAUCUGGUGGUUCCUGUACCCGAAACCGCAUCUGUAGGCGCACCCAUGGUUGCAACCGGUCUUAACAAGCCGUACUGUCGCGCUUUAGUUCGUAACACAUAUAUCUUCCGGACCUUUAUCAUGCCGGAUCAAAAAAGCCGUCAGCAAGGCGUACGCCGCAAGCUAAGCGCUAUUAAGUCUGAGCUUAAGGACAAGGUAGUACUUCUUGUCGACGACAGCAUCGUGCGAGGGACGAUGAGUCGCGGAGCUAUAUCGAUAGUCCGCGAAGCGGGUGCAAAGAAGAUAUAUGUAGCCAGCUGCGCCCCAGAGGUCAGAUACGCUCACAUCUACGGUAUUGACCUCGCAUCGCCCAAAGAGAUGGUAGCCCAUGAGAGAGAUAAUGCUGCUAUCUGUAAAGAACUCGGGUGCGACGGUAUCAUUUUUCAAACCUUAGAUAACCUCAUCGAUACUUGCGCAGAGGUAGUUAGAUCACAGGAUCGUAGAGAGCCUCAAUCUUUUGAAGUUGGCGUUUUCUGCGGGAAGUAUGCUACUCUCGUUAACCCGGACUAUUUUGACCAUCUAGAGGAGAUUCGAGCUACAGGCCGGUCACUUAAAAUUUCCGAGCACACGCCGCAGAUAGUAGCCUAGAUGCACAUAGGUUAAAUG